AUGCUCAAUCGCAAAAGAAUCACCAACGUAAGCACUCUUUUCUUCUACUUGCUCCCUGAAAGAGACACGAGCUCCGAUAAUGAUACCAAAAAGGCGUGCCAUCAAUGUCAGCAAAGAAAAAGACGCUGUGAUGGAGGAAAGCCUUGUUGUAACCACUGUGCAAAGCACAGUAGAGAUUGCGUAUACACAGCGCGGCGACAACGGGGCCCUGGAAAGAAGUAA